AUGAGUGAUCAUGGUUCUUCGUCUCUUUUGGCGUUACCUAUCGAUAUUAUUUAUCGCAUUUUGGAUCAUCUUAGUGACUUUACACUUUUGUGUGCUGUUCGUGAUGUAUGUACACGAUUAAAUUCGAUCAUUGAUACAUAUUAUCGAUAUCAAACACUUACAUCACUCAAACUCGAAAUGUAUGAAAUCAACCAUUAUGGAAGCAAACAAGUAGCUGCUGUAAUCCGAAGUCAUGUGACGAUCACGACGCUCGAUCUCUCUCUCAAUGAGAUAGGAACUCUCGAAGUACAAUAUCUAUCUGAUGCAUUGAAAGAUAACCAAACACUCACUAAACUAGAUUUAUCAUAUAAUCGAAUUGGAAAUGAAGCAGCACUACAUCUCGCUAAUAUAUUACAAAAUACCACGACAAUCACAGCUCUCUAUUUGGCUGAAAAUGAUAUUGAAUCCGCCGGAAUGGAACACAUGGCUAAAGCAUUACGAAAUAAGACAGUGAAACUCACCAUACUAGAUCUCACGUGGAACCGUAUCGGUGACGUAGGGGCACAGCAUCUUGCUGAUACAUUACGAACUAACACAACUCUCACUACACUAGAUCUCACACGAAAUCGAAUAAAAAACGAAGGAAUACGGCAUCUCACUGAUGCAUUACUACAUAAUAUAACGCUCACCACAUUAUAUCUUUCAGACAAUACAAUAGGUGCUCUUGAAGUUCAAUAUCUGGCUAAUGUACUGCGAAAUAAUACGACGUUAACUACACUAGACUUGAAAAUGAAUUCAAUCAAAGACGAAGGAAUACAGUCUCUAGCUGAUGUUCUAAAGAAUAAUAGAACACUCACUACACUUCAUCUCGGAAAUAACAAAAUCGGAACUAUUGGAGCAGAACAUUUGGCUAUUGCAUUACAAAAUAACACGGCGCUGACUAGACUCGAUCUCGGAAGCAAUGAAAUCGGUGCUCUUGGAGCAGAAUAUUUGGCUCAUGCAUUACAAAAUAACAUGACACUUACUACCGUAGAUCUGUCCUCCAAUCAAAUUAGAGAUCAAGGAGCUCAAUAUAUGGCUAAUGCAUUACGAAAAAAUACAAAAGUUACCACACUUGACUUGAGUUCUAAUCAAAUCCAAGCUAUGGGAGUUCAACAUCUAGUUGAUGCAUUACGAAGUAACACGACUCUCAUUACCCUAUAUCUCUCGUUGAACCCAAUUGGAGACGAAGGAGCGCGGCAUCUGGCUAACGCAUUACGGAGUAAUACGACACUCACUUCACUUCGCCUUUGGGACAAUGAAAUCGGAGACGAUGGAGCAAAGUUUCUUGUCAAUGGGUUAGAAACUAACAAGGUGAGCAUUAUUUCCCAUCAUUAUGAUGCCCUCAUUUUUGCUUUUACUUUUACACAGACGCUUAUUACAUUAGAUCUCUCUUUCAAAGAAUUGGGCAAAAGGCAGGAACAGUACAUGACUGAUAGGUUAAAAUAUACUGGGGUAAUCUCGAUUUUAUCCUUAUCUCUCUAAUAUCUCGAUCAACGCUUUUUCCUAUAGCAUAUUCGAUUGAACGAUGUUGUCGCAGAAUCAGUAGGAAGAGAGCUUCGAGAUCGUGUAGACGAAUUACUUACACAAAAUAAACAGCGGACACAAUGACCAAUGUCAACAUUGACUAUGAGUCAUUUUGAAAAUUGAACGUGACCAAUUGAAUAUCGAAUCAUAUAAACAGUUAUUUUAUCAUCUUUUAUUUGAGUAUUUAAAUAAGAAAUUUUCGUUACACAGCGUCAUACUCUUGAUAAUGAUAAUUUAGUGUGAGGGCUUCGGAUAAUUAAAGAGUAGAGUGAUGCUUGGCCUAAGUAGGGAUGUGGGCCUUGUGAAAAUAACUCUAACAUACAUACACGUGUGCAUGCAUCAUUUUAUCAUAAUGUCUACACAUUUCAAAUACAAGUAUUGUUUAACUGUUGGACUUCAUGAAUCAUACGAUUGUAAAUAAUGUAAAUGUUGGGUGUGGUUGGGUGUUGGUGUGGGCGUGGGUGUGAGGGUGUGAGUGUGGAUUUGGAUGAGCGGGUGCCGGUGUGGGUGUGGUGGGUGGAAGUGUCGAUGUGGUUGUGCGCAUAAAUGUUUUUCACACUUAGAUCAACACCCACACCGUCACACCAACUCACACCCAUAUACAAAAACCCAUCCACACCCACAGAACACCUGCAUCCAUACCCAUAUCCCACACCUACCCACACCCCACACCCACACCCAUAGGUAUUUGCGUUCCAUUGCCAAUAUCUCAGCUAUUUCAAAGAGUAAAAUUUUCGUUUCAUUAUCUUUAACUCUGUCUAAUUGCAGAGGCUUAACUCUUUCAAUGGUAUUUUCUAUAUUUAGUGAUCUUUUUUUUUGAAUUUAUUGUCUAUUAACCUCAUCUGUAAACUAAACAAAAUAAACUCACUAGCCAUUUUGGCUUGUGACAUAAUACCCAUGAACAUCAUAAAGCUCAUGUUUAUUUUCGAAGAAAGUAUACUUGACAAUACGUUUUAAGGUAGAGUUUUCAUAUUUUUCCCUUGUUCUUCUAUUAUAAACCUUAGCGAUCUAGAAUAGAAAUAUCUAGAUCGAUGACAUCAACCGCUAACAUUCCAAAAUGGUUUAUUUUGAGAGUGCGCAUGGGUGGUGUGUGGAAAUGGAUGGAGAAAGGAAGAAAGGAAAAAUAGAGAUAAUAAAAUAUAGACAGGAAAGAAUGUCAAAAGAGAAAAUGGCGAAGAGAAAAUGUCCAAAGGAAAAAUAUCGAAAGUUAAAAUUUCUGAAAAUAAAACAAUGUGCACGCAGUUGUUA